AUGGUGCGAAUCGGCGAUGAGCUGUAUUCCAAGGUCAAGGCGCCAAUGGAUGGACUUUUAGAUUCGAGGUAUCUACUCAACAUUUCGGAUAUGGGUGCAGAGAUGACACGCACCAUGCGCAUUGAUGCCGACGCGUUUGAUAUGGAUGAGUAUAUGCAGAAGGUUGCACAUUUCAUCGGUGGAUCUACAGUUGCUGUAUCAUCACGGCCAGACGAGAGUGCGGAUGAUAUGUCACAGAUUUUCACUGGUGAUACGGACACAUGGAAUUGGGAUCGACUUGGCUUACUGGCGGCACGUCACUCGCGGCGUGCGCCUGUGGCGGAGCAUUUGCUGGGCCCGUUGCAAGUUACUCCCAAACACAGGAAGAUAACUCGCACGUCUCGUCUUGAUGCAGAUGCAGAGCAGGUCGCGCCUCAGAGACUUGAUGCAUCCGCUAUUAUUCCGUCGGAAAAUGAAACCUCGCGCAUGGUGCUGGACAUCGCGCGCCGUUUGGAGGAAUGUUGUGGUGAAGAUGGUAUCAACAUGUUCCGUUUUGCCCUGAAUCCAGACAGCUUCUGCGACUCAGUGGAGAAUUUGUUCUACAUCAGCUUUCUUAUCCGGGAUGGAAAAGCUGCCAUCAUUGAAGACAAUGAAGGGGACCCAAUUCUCUGCAGGCAGGCCUUACGCGACGUCAGCUCGUCCUGGAGCUUGACGUCCCCACCUGGCGUGAACUAA